GCCAUGGAUGAUAUUAUCUUAACAUGCCAGCGUUGCAAAUGCAUCGCCUUCAAAUACACGCCUUCAUGACUCGAGGAUGGACAGUCCCCUUCGCUGCCUCGAACUAUUGCAAUCCUUCUAGCCGAGGACGAUGAGCCAAAACGCAUCGACCAGCAUCGAUGACUUGAGCUCUAGCUCGACUCUGAUUGCCGUGACCGGCCCAACAGGAGUUGGGAAAACAGCAUUCAUCAACUCACUAUGUAAUACUACGCUGCAAGUCAGCAAGCAGCUAGAGUCGUGCACAGACAAGAUACAAGUGGCGCAUUGUUCUUUUAACGACAUAAACAUUGCACUGAUCGACACACCUGGAUUCGACGACACAUAUAAGUCACAUGUGGCCACAUUCGAAGUGAUCGCGGAAUUCCUUGAGAAGUUGAGCCGGAAAGGAAUUAAACUGACUGGUUUGUUAUACAUGCAUCGCAUAUCCGACGUCCGAGUAGGUGGGACCGCUCGGCAUAGCUUCCGAGUCUUCACUAAAAUCUGCGGAGCUGAUGCCCUCAAGAACGUGACGAUUGUUACCACAAUGUGGGAGGACGUCAAGGAGGAUGUUGGCGAAGGCAGGGAGCGAGAGCUUGCUGAAAAGCCGAUUUUCUUCAAAGACGCUAUCGACGGAGGAGCAGAGAUGAUGCGAUAUUACAACAACAUUGGCUCAGCUCAGAGACUCAUGGAAGCGGUCCUCAAACGGUCGCCGGUAGAACUCCAGAUUCAACGAGAACUCGUCAUAGAGGGAAAGACUCUGCCUCAAACGGCGGCUGGAGUGGAACUACAAACUGAGCUGGAGCGACAAGUUCACGAUCGGUUGACGGAGGUGGAAGAGCUGCGGCGGCAUCUGGCCGAACUCAAGACGACAGGACUGAGUGAUCAAACAGUGCAGGGCAUGGAAAGGGAGCUUGAAGAGGCGUGGGAGAGAGUAACUGCAAUCCAAGGAGAGAUACAGCAGCUGCGGAGCCUUGCCGCGAGGACACUCCCACAUGCGGGAGGGCGCGAGCUUGCUCAAGCGGCCACGGAUGCUCAUACGGCACAAAGAUCAUUCUGGAGACCGAACCACAACAACCCUCUUCGCCAUAUCGCCAGAUUGGUGAAAGGUUUGAAACAAAUUCAAAUCAGCCUCACGAGUCUGAAGGACAGAAUAAUGCGGAAACGCGCGGCACACGCAGGCGGGGAUAAAUUAUCUUUGUGGCAACGCCUUCGCAGGGCUACAAGUUGAACGUUCACGUGGUUGAGCCUGGACACAAAGGAGUAGGUGGAUUUGCUGUUGUUGCGGUCCUUGGGAUAUUCGCAUCACGCACAGGGUAUCAUGAUCACUUCACGCACACCGCUUUACUCCACGGAGUGGCAGACUCUUCCAGCCUCAGUUAGAUCACGCAUGCAUCUUCACAGGUUUUCUUGUCAAUAUGUAUUCUCCAUUUUCGAGGCGUUGCAUGCUCAGAAACUUCUUUAUACAUCGGUCGGUCUUAUGGGGUACCAAUUGUCUAUAUUCAUCUACCGUCGGAUCGUCCUAUACCCUCCUAUACCUAUAUUACACAACGCGGCGCGCCUACACACGGUGGCGCAGGGUGACAUACCGCAUAUUGCAGCAGCAACUUU